GUUUGCUCUGGACCACUUGACGCUACCUGCCAGAAAAGGAUCAAUAAUGUUUGUCUCUUGCUAGAGGAAUAUGCAGCUCUGUAGUUUUAUUUAGACAGACUAUUGGCAGGGAUAUACAUCAGAGGAAACCAAAAGCCAGAUGGAAUAGUUCCUGGAUGAAAUUUUAUUCCUGUUCGCAAUUAUUUCGAAGGGGGAUACCCUCUGGAUCAGAAUUAAAAUGCUCUGGUUUCAAGGAAAUAGCCUGCAGAUUGCCAAAUCCUCCUUUGGACUCUUGAGAAAUCUCUCUGCCUCUAACACGGCUCUGCCUGUGCUGACCUUAUUCACAAAGGACCCAUGCCCACUGUGUGAUGAAGCUAAAGAAGUGCUCCAGCCGUAUAAAAACAGGUUUAUUUUACAGGAGGUGGACAUCACACUUCCAGAAAAUUCUACUUGGUAUGAAAGGUAUAAAUUUGACAUCCCCGUCUUCCAUUUGAAUGGCCAGUUUCUGAUGAAGCACCGAGUAAAUACCUCAAAGCUUGAAACACAGCUUCUGAAACUUGAGCAGCAGGUGCCGGAGACAAACUGAUGUCUUCUGAUUGAUGCAAGUCCUCGGAUGAGACGUUUACUUACAGGCAUCCUGUGAACUAAGAGAACACAUUGUAGAGCGAGGGAAGCUGUAGGAAUGAAGAAGUCUAUUUGUUGAGUCUAUCUUUCCCCUUUGCGACCGUGGAUGUACCUCUCCUGCACUGGACAGUACCCUGAUAGGAAGCAGGCUCUGCAGUCAGGCUGCCAAGCAGCCCUGGAACCUAACGUUAUGGAGUAAAUGCUCUUACACCAUUAAAGUGGAAUGUGAAUUGUUAAUAGCUGUGCAUAGUUGAGAAAGGGAUGUUUUAAUGAACACAUCUGCAUGCAGCCUAUUUCAGUGGAAUUUAAUAAUACCUGUUUAAAAUUAGCGUUCACUUUUGUUAAGUAGAAUAGAAUAAUUGUCCUAGCCAAAAAGGCUUCACUUCAGAAAGACAAAGGAGACUUAAACCUACAGACGGUGUAAGCAGACUCAGCUGCACGUCAUCAUGGGAUUGAUUUUUAAUGUUGAGGACAGCAUUGAGUUAUCAUCAGUUAACUCAACUAAUUGUAAAUAGUAACUGUCAAAUUUUUGAAUCUUAGAAAAAUUUAUUUUAAUCAUAACUGAACAUAUCUAAGCAAAAAGUAUCAUUUUAUACAAAGUA